AAUCCACAGAUAAAAUCUUGAGACGAUAGGCUCCAUUACAAUUUAGAGUUUAUCCACAACGUGCGCAUGCGCACAAGAGUCAACAGUUUUAUCUCCAUGUGCCCCUUUCCACUACGCAGUUUGCGCAGGGUCGUUUUCACGGUUGAGGAUAGGUUGAAAUCAUACUUCAUGUUCGAAGAGACAACGCUGUUUCCUUAACUCCUUCAAAUAUUGCAAGUAACAGGCUUCUGUGGACGUAUUCCCACAUUUCCUCACGUUGCAUUUCCCCCCGCGUCUCUGAAUAUUAGGUUAAAUGCAAUGGUUAGACUGGACCUUGGCGAUGUAGUCCUCCGACGGAUGCAGGAGAAAGACAUUGAAGCUGUGAAGGCUCUUAUCAAGGAGGGAUGUGAGGGAACAGAAAAUCGCCUGGUUCUUCACCUUCUUACCCGUCCGCUUGCUCUCUUCAUGCUCGCCACUCUCUCCUCCAUCCUCCGCUGUGUGCUACACUCUUUUAUCAUGGCCUUGGUCAUUCCUGUGUUCAUUCUCAUCAUCUACCUCAAACUCACCAUACCACGAUCGGUGGGCAUCCUAGGUUCCAGCAGGCCAUACUGGGACUAUGUGGCCAGCAGUUACGGCGCAGACGCCGAGCCAGAUCUACCCAAUCCUCACUUGGGCAGAGCCAAACUGAUCGCCAACCAGGAGAAAACCAGACGCUCUAAAAAAGCCAAAAAAAAUGUGGAUAAAGAGAAGACAACUGAAAGAGAGCAUUUGGAUGAGGAUGAGCUCAAGGACAGGGCGACGGUUGCUGGAGAGGUGUGGGUGGCGGACUCUGAUGGGGAGAUUAUGGGGUGUGUGGCUAGAGACGGCUGGGGUCGGGAUGGUGUAUGUCGGAUCUGCAGGCUGGUGGUCCAAAGCUGGUACCGCAGAGAGGGACUGGGCAGAUUGAUGGUACAGGGUUUGGAAUCCAAAGUAAAGCAGAGUGGAAUAUGCCGGGUUUAUGCCCAUGUGCCCUUUCCUUCCAGAGCGGGAGAGGUUUUCUUCAGGAGGCUGGGCUACCGUAUGCAGGGUGAGACUGCAGGGACUGGUGGAGAGGAAGAUGAUGACUAUGAAGAGCCAGAGAAGGGUUUUCUGGGGUUCCCUCUAACAAAAGUGUUUGUUAAGGAUCUAUUAGAACAGAAGUCUUAACUAGUAUUUAGAUGAAAAGAAUAAAAACCCUCAUAAUUUUACACAUCUUUCCAGUGAAGACAAAGUCAGAAACUCAAAGAACAUCUCUCGCUUUGCAACAAUGCAUGUUAUGUUGUAUAAGUCAUAAAUAUAUUAAUAAUAAAAUGUAUAUUGUUCUACAAGAGUAUUUUUAGCAUUGUUGAACAUUGCAUAUUCCAUCUCUGGGUUUCAGAGCCCAAGCCAUGAAGGUUUCAGUUAAGCCUGUGGAGGAGUGACUGAAGAUUAUUAGUGGGCUGACUCAUUGGUUAUAGCGCUAAAUGGUUUGCACUAUAACCAGUUUUGUUGUUUUAUUUUUUUAUUUUUAAGAGCGGCUGAAGAGAAUAAAUUAUUUACUGGUUUUUAUUUAUUUACUUUGUUUAUUGUGUGUUUAUUAUAAUAUUGUGAACUUGAGUAAUUGAAAACUUUUUGUAUGUUUCCCUUCAGUGUUGAGGAAUAAGCGCUAAGCUUUU